GUGAGUACAAUAACAAGUGUUGGAUUAUACAGAAGGUUACGAGCGUACCUCGUGCUGCACGUUGGUUCGCGUAAAUCUGUCAAUUGUAAUUAUCAAUCAAAUAACGUUUGAAUUUUGUUAAGUUUAGAAAAAUGAAGUGAAGUAAGAAAUGGUUAAUUUUUAUUUUGAGGAAUUAAUUUAAUUAAGUUUAAUUUUUGUGUUGGAAAUUAUGGAUUAAAAUUUGUAUACUAUUGAAUCCUCGGUUUUCUUUGGUACCUUGGCUUACCAAGGUGCGCAACUUAUUGCGUGCAAGUGUUAUUAUAUUAGAUGGUGAUAUAAAAUGAAGUGGGUGGCACUUGUGACCCUCGUCAUGAUGGGGUUGUACAAAGACCCGAGCCCUCUAUUGAGAGUGCAGAAUGGACUCAUCAGAGGAAGACUGAGUGACAGCAGAACAUACUACCAGUACCUCGGGAUACCAUAUGGACGAGUAGAUGAAAGUAACAGGUUUCAAGGACCACUGCCACCACCGAAGUGGGACGGCAUCUUUGAAGCAAUCAACGAAAAUACGCGAUGUCCACAGAGAAUGUUUGGCUCCAUCGUAGCUGGUGACUCAGACUGCCUUAAGCUCCACGUGUUCGCGCCAAUAACACGAAGUACAAAGAGAGCAGUCAUGGUUUAUAUCCACGGCGGUUGCUUCCUCGAGGGAACAGGCACUGCGUGGCUAUACGGUCCGGAUUUCUUUGUUGAGCGUGAUAUUAUAUAUGUUGGAAUAAACUAUAGACUUAAUGUGGAAGGAUUUUUAUGUCUUGGUAUAAAAGAAGCACCUGGUAAUGCUGGCUUGAAAGAUCAAAUAGCAGCAUUGAAAUGGGUGAAAGACAAUAUUGCUCAAUUUGGUGGCGAUCCAGACAAUAUAACAUUAUUUGGCGAAAGCGCUGGCGCCGUGUCUGUUUCUUAUUUGCUUAUUUCCCCAGCUGCAAGGGGCCUGUUUCAUAAAGCCAUCCUACAGAGCGGAUCAACUUUAGCCCCCUGGGCAUUACAACAUGAUCCAAUUAAAGUCGCUAGCGAUUUAGCUAUGCAGUUUGGAUAUUCUACUCGGGAUCCUCACAAACUGUACGAAGUACUUUCAAAUAAGACUAUAGAGGAAUUGAUAUUAAAAAAAGUUCCAAACUCAUUGCACAAAACUCUUAUUACAGAUGAAUUUUUAAUGGCACCAUGCAUUGAGAAAGAGUUCUCUGGUACAGAAUCAAUAAUAACAAAACAUCCAGCUGACCUACUUUCAUCAGGGAACUUUACAAAAAUUCCUAUGAUAAUUGGAUAUAACGACAAAGAAGGAAUUUAUUUUGUUGCCAAAGAUUACGGUACUCAUUUAUACAACUUCCAAGAUAUCCAAAACAUAUUGCCUACAGAUUUAGAGUUUCCAUCUGAAAUUGAUAGACUAUGGACAGCGGAGGAAAUAAAUCAAUACUAUUUCUCAGAUGAAAGAAGAGAUUCAAUAAUGGACAUGAUAAAUUUGUACUCAGAUCUGCAUUUCAAAUAUCCAACCGUGAUUGAAUCGCAGAUGUACGCCAAGUUGUCAGAUAAGCCGAUAUAUUACUAUGUGUUUAAAUAUAACGGGCUAAUCAAUAUGCCUAAGAUGAUAUCGAUGUUUCCGUUCACGAGAGGAGCGUCGCACGCUGACGAGCUGUUUUAUCUUUUCAAGCCGCACACGAUCCCGCUGCCGGCGUGGUACCUGGAGAGGAUGAUGAUUAGACGGAUGGUGACCAUGUGGACUAAUUUUGCAAAAUAUGGAGAUCCAACUCCACGAACGUCCAGCAUUCUUCCCGUGAAAUGGAAUCCAAGCCGGGGAUGGAACCCUUCGGCCCUGGUGAUCGACAGCCACAUGAGCACAUCACCGAUGUGGGACGAGCCGUCUGUUGCGCUCUGGAACAAAACCUACUCGAAAUACCGAAGAAGAAAAUAUGGCUUCAACUAAUUUAAGUUUAAGUCAAACACUUAUUAAUUGUUACCAAUAUUAUAAUGUUAAAUCUAUACUCAACAUAAUAUUACAAAGAGGUAAAGUUUGUGAGUUUGUGCGAGCUAAUCUCUGGAUCUACUGAACUGAUUUUGAAAAUUCUGUUACCAAUAGAAAGUCACUUUAUUUCUGAGUGUCAUAAUAUUAUAUUAACCCGAAAAAUGAAAUAGUAGAUUGUUAACCGAGGGUCGAAAGAAUCAACUAAUCAUUCAAUCAGUCCGAGUAGGAUUUGAUUAUUUUACCCGUGUUAAUUUACUAAACUAGUUUACUUUUAAUUUCGAAUAUGAGGAAAAUAAAACUAGUUGUUUAUCUAAACUAUUUAUAGAUAAUAUUAUAUAAUAAAAGUAUAAUUAGUAGUACCUAAAUUGUCAAAUUAGGACAAUUCGUGAAAUUAAAUGUUUAUGCUGUUUGAUAUAUUAUGACAAA